GACCGGAAGUUGACCGUCGGGGUUUCCGGGCCACGUUGCGCUGGAGGUCAGUGCCUGGAGAUGGAGGCGGUGUUCGCGCUGCCGUUCGCGGUGUUGGAAUGUCCCAACGUGAAGCUCAAGAAGCCGGGCUGGCUUCACAUGCCGUCCGCCAUGACCGUCUACGCCCUGGUCAUCAUCUCCUAUUUCCUCAUCACCGGCGGUAUCAUUUAUGAUGUCAUUGUGGAGCCUCCAAGUGUGGGAUCAAUGACAGAUGAACAUGGCCACCAGAGGCCUGUAGCCUUCUUAGCAUACAGAGUCAAUGGACAGUACAUUAUGGAAGGUCUUGCCUCAAGUUUUCUGUUUACAAUGGGAGGGCUAGGGUUCAUAAUCUUGGAUCGCUCAAAUGCUCCCAACAUUCCAAAGCUGAAUAGGUUUCUACUAUUGUUCAUUGGUUUUGUCAGUGUCCUGUUGAGCUUCUUCAUGGCUAGAGUCUUCAUGAGAAUGAAACUGCCGGGUUACUUGAUGGGUUAAUGUAACUUGAAGCAUCAAAGCCAGAAUUCCUGAAUGAAGCUGAUCAACCGAAAGCUGUAUAAAAUGGCAUGGUGUAAUUUGAAAACAAAAGAGAAUUUGUAAAGAACAGAAAUAAAUUUUUUUACAAGA